AUGGUGGCAGCGGUUGGUGAUGGCGGAGUGGGUCGUGUGGGGUGGUGGCAGUCGGCGUUUCCGACUGCUUUUCGAGGCUUGUUUAUCUUCCUUCGGCGGCAAUGUGUGCGAUGGUGGGUAGAUGUCGGAACGGUAGUCGAAAGACUGAUUCUGACUGCUUUUAUCGCCUCUCCCUCUCUCUCGCUGUCUUUCCUUCUCCCACCGUCAUUAUCUCGGCUUCUCCAUGGAUGCUCUGCGUUUUCUAGGUCGUCUUUCGGCGUAGUGGAGCCGGACACGGUUCGGUUGUCCCUUCCGUUUGUCAUGUCACGAUUGCAGGUUUUGAAGAACUCAGCUUAUAUACUCAUCAGGUGA